AUGUCUACGUUCGACGCGGCAACUGGCACUGGUGGGCUUGAUGCAUCACUCAUGUUCGAGCUUGAGCGGCCUGAGAACAUCGGCUCUGCUUUCAACAACACGUUUGCAGCAAUGUGGGAUUUUCUCACGCCUAGAUCCUCAGUCUCUGAUCUUCUAGCUCUCAGCGUCGUGGCUGCAGCUGCGGCGUGUGACGGGCCGAAAAUUCCUUUCCGAGCCGGUCGUAUCGACGCAACUGAAGCAGGACCUGCCGGGGUUCCCAAGCCGGAAGAUGACCUUGAAAGUACGCGCCAAACAUUUAAGAGGGCGGGCUUCAACGAUGGUAAGACCACAGCCUUUGGAAAGGCCCAUAUCAGUGUGCGCCCUAACAAGACGUAUGCAGAGGACAUGAUUACAAUGGUAGCAUGCGGUCACAGCUUGGGCAACAUACAUAGUGUCGACUUCCCAGAAAUGGUAGCCGGCGAGACUUCCGAAGAGAACAUUGCUCAUUUCGAUACUUCUCCGACCAACUUCGACAACGCAGUUGUGACUGAGUAUCUUGAAAACGAGACAGCUAACCCUCUGGUGGUCGGGGCGAACGACACAAUGAACUCGGACAAGCGCAUCUUUGGUUCCGACGGUAACGCUACCAUGUCUUCUCUCUCGGAUCCUGUCACAUUCAAGUCAAAGUGCACCCGAAUCUUCGAGCGCAUGAUCGAUACCGUUCCCGCGUCAGUGAUAUUGACAGAGCCACUAGAUAUUGUCGAUGUCAAACCCUACGUGGAUCCUCCUCGGCUGCAAUCGGACGGCAGCCUGCUGUUUGAAGGGCGCAUUAGAGUCCGUAAUAAUGCGGAAACGGGUAUCAACGGUGAUGACCUGGAAGUAUCAUUGGAUUACCUGGAUCGCCAAGGGUCCCGAGACGCAGAUAUGAUUGUGGCCAGCCGCGCCCGCAGCAGGGGUGGCCAGUCGUAUGGCUUCUGGGGCAACACGUUCACCUGGUUCGAAUUUUCCCGAUCAAUCAACGCCAGCACUGGAAUCAGCAAUUUCAACAUUCUGCUCAAGACACUUUCUACCGGUACAACAUUCAUUCUUGACAAUUCAAACACUGGUGGAUAUCCUGUGGAUUCCGACUUGCUGUACCAACAAACAGAUUCAUGCGUCACGGGAACCGGUACGACUCGAGACUUGUCUCUGGUUAUAGCUCUGCGCAAAGAGUUAGCUGGUGGAAGCACCCAACCUCUUCUGCACCUUGCCCAUCGCGUCGCUCGACCAGGUGUCUUGCUCCCAAGGUUGGAAGUGGAAAGCGUGCCGUUCCUUUCAGUUCCAGGCUUGGAAAAAAGUGGUUUUCAAUAUUUUCGUGCCAAUGCCACCCUUGACGCAAGCGGGUGGAGCACGACAUUUGAUAUUACGAUGGAAGAUUCAUCAGCGGGCGGUAAACAUGAACUGGGUCUCUUGAAGACAAGUGUUCUGUCAGGGACUUGCACCGUUUAG